AUGGCGACCGAGUUGACCGUCCAGUCGGAGCGUGCGUUCCAGAAGCAGCCUCACAUCUUCCUCAACCCCAAGACCAAGGCGAAGAGCAAGAAGGUCGGCCAGGCUCGACGAUGGUACAAGGACGUUGGUCUUGGGUUCCGUACCCCCAAGGCCGCCAUUGAGGGCAGCUACAUCGACAAGAAGUGCCCCUUCACUGGUCUCGUUUCCAUCCGUGGUCGUAUCCUUACCGGCCGUGUCGUCUCCACCAAGAUGCACCGUACCAUCGUCAUCCGCCGUGAAUACCUCCACUACGUCCCCAAGUACAACCGUUACGAGAAGAGACACAAGAACCUCGCUGCCCACGUCUCUCCCGCUUUCCGUGUUGAGGAAGGUGACUGGGUCACCGUUGGCCAGUGCCGUCCCAUCAGCAAGACUGUCCGUUUCAACACCCUCCGUGUUCUGCCCCGCACUGGCAAGGCCGUCAAGGCUUUCAGCAAGUUCUAA